AUGGCGCUAGCGCGAGCGUUCAAUGGGGAAGUGCAUUUCUGCCCGUCUUGUGGCACACUCUUGCCCGCGUUGCCCGUGGCCGGCCACGUGUUCUGUCUGGCUUGCCGGUACGAGGUCCGUAUCGAGAACUUCUCAGCCAUGACCACCGAAUAUACCGUGGCUUUCAACAAGCGCGACGCCAACGAGAAUCGCCGCAAAAAGAAGCAACAGGGCGACCCCGAUCAAGACUCUGAUGACGAGGCCGACGGACCCACCGUUGAGCGCCGUUGUCCCAAGUGCGGCCACGAAAAAAUGUCCUAUGCGGCCCUCCAGCUCCGAUCGGCCGAUGAAGGCCAGACCGUAUUCUUCACAUGUUUGAAAUGUAAAUACAAGGAGAGCGAAAACUCGUAACCCA